AUGCAAGAUCAACAACCAUUACCAACUCAUGAAGCUCCCAUGAUUUCCCAUCAGACCGAAACCGGGCUAAACAAAAAAGUGGUAGAUAGUGGAGUCAGUGGGAAGCGUCCAGAUAUUUCACUUCAAGUUCCACCUAGACCUAUAGGGUUUGGUAGCGGUAGCACACGAGGGCGGGUUUUGGACCAUUCUCAAAGUUUCUCUAAAGUGAUAUCAUCACCGAAAGAUUUUUUGCGGGCUUUGAGCUUCAAAAGAAAAGAAAAUGUAGUAGAUGGUGAAUCAAGCAGUCUACUUAAUUCAGACCCUAAGACAGCUCCCGACAGUACUAGAAUGGCCUCCAUAUCGGAAAUUUCAUGGUCAAGAUGUACUUCUCUUCCUGUUACACAUGCGCCUAAUCUGUCCCCUAUAGUUUCUACGCCUGUGUCUGCGAGGACAUAUAAUGAACAACGGAUUAAGCCACAUAAAGAUGUUAAAUCUAAGGUUUCGAGGUCUCUUACAAUACCUGCACGAAACGUUGUGAUUGUAAGAUCUGUCUCUUUUGUUACCCGCAAUGAACAAGAACAACAAGAUACAAGUGACGAUCAAAUAACUCCUGCGCCAGUAGAAGUUACUGCCGAUGAAGAAAUUCCCGAAGAGGAAGCCGUGUGCAGGAUAUGUCUUGACACGUGUGAUGUAGGAAACACCUUUAAAAUGGAAUGCAGUUGCAAAGGUGGUCUAGCUUUGGUGCAUGAGGAAUGUUUAAUCAAAUGGUUCAGCACAAAAGGAAACAAGAGAUGUGAUGUAUGCUUGGAAGAGGUUCAGAAUUUACCAGUAACCUUGUUCCGUGUGUCCAGCUCCGUUCAACAAAGAAACAGACAGUUGCAGGAUCGCCAAAACAUAAAUUCAGAGACACUAAGUGCUUGGCAAGACUUCGUUGUACUUGUCCUGAUAAGCACAAUAUGCUAUUUUUUCUUCCUUGAACAACUACUGCUUCCUGAUUUGAAGACUCAAGCUAUCAUUUUAUCGGCACCGUUUUCCUUUACAUUGGGCCUCUUAGCAUCUGUUUUUGCAAUCGUCCUUGCGAUCAAAGAGUAUAUAUGGACAUACGCCGCUCUUGAGUUUGCACUUGUGGCAGUAAUUGUGCAUCUGUUUUAUACUUAUUUGCAUUUGGCGGCCAUUUAUUCGAUACUACUUUCAUCGAUUUUGGGUUUUGGAGUUGCUAUGGGAAUCAACUAUAUGUAUAUCCAGUAUGUGACAUGGAGACUUCAGGUCUCUACUAAUGAUAUUCCCGUAUGA